UUUGUUCACAUAUAUACAUUAAUAUUUAAUAAGAGCACAUUCUUUUUCUUUUAAUGCUAAAACAAGAACACAUUUCUUGUAACAUGUAUUUGUUGUAUUUUUCUUAAGAGUGGUGGAAACUCUGUUAAUAUAUUUUGGAAGUUUUUAGAUUUGUUGUUUUUAAAUAAACAUUGUAAUAUGAUGCAUACACGUAUGGUACAAAGAAUAUAUCAUCAACCGAAUGGUUAAUUAACAUGACCACGAGGUGAUUAAGUAGUAAACCGGAAUUGUCAAUCGAAAAUUGUCGCCCUAAAUACAAAACCGUGUUUCUUUCAUCAAGUUGCCUCCUUAAUUAUCCCAUGCUUCUCCAAAUGUUGUAGGUCUAGAAUAUGUAUUUACACGUGUUAGAAUUCUAUUGGUUGCAUGGAGAUCGAAUAUUGGGUUACCCCAAAACUGUUGCAAUCUUUCUUUUUUUCUUUGGUCUUUGGCGGCACUUCUAACUGAAAUAACUGUCUCUUUUCCUUCUCAUUGCCACCGAUCUACGUUCCUAGACCUUCUUUUAAAACUAGAUAGUGUUUCAAUUGAUUUGAGUUCUUACUUUUUCCAUUUUCUCAUUUAUAAGUAUAUCUCAGUUUCAUUUAUAAGUAUAUCUCAGUUUCAUUUUCUAUAUAAUUAGCUCAUCAGCUUCAUAUAUACAUCAUAGUUUAUACAUGGCUCGCACUAAAAAUAAGUCAAAUUUAUAGGUCGAUCCACCAUUAUAAUCUAUCUAGAUUCCACGUAUGAGACCCGACUCAUAUAAUAUAAACAAAACGAAUUAAGAAGACCAAAAAGCAUUUAUGAAAUAUAUGAUCAUGUGGGUCCAUCAGUUGUGAACAUGUGAAAAAAUCCUUGGAAGCUAUUGAUGGGCCAACCCUGGAGAAUCACUUCUCAGCCUUUCUCAUCAUCGUCGUAACCUUUUUCUUUCCUUAUUCCAAUUCCAUAUUCUCUUUCUAUGUAUCGUCAUAUAUAUACAUGUAUCUUAAACCUAUCUACAUGUAUAUACAAAUACAAUGUGUACAUACCCCAUCUUGAAACAUUUCCCUAACAUGAAUCCAUCUUUAGGUUCUUUACUUCUUUCUUCAUGGCGUUCACACACAUCUCUAUAAAACUAUAUUAUCUCUAUAAAACUAUUUAGCCUUCUAUUGAGAUAGGGUGUAUAUACUAAUGAUACAUACUGUAUAUAGAUCGUAACACAAAAACAGAACGAGGAAGUCAUAUAAAAUGAAAUAAUGUGAAAUGAAUUGAAUGUAUUUGGUAUACAUGGGGUAGGAGACAGUUGUCAAGAUCCAAAGUUCAAAUACCUGUGCAAACACUAUACUCUAAAGUCUAAACCGGACUGGGUCUGAAUGUCUGAUUCUCCUUGUUUGUAUGUGUGUACAUCCCAACGUUGUCUCUUCAUUUAACGUGUAGAACGUUUUCAAAAUAUAUUGAUAAUAAUCAGGUCAGUUAAUAUGGGCCAUGCUCACAGUUCAAAUGCAGGCAUGCAGCACAGGGGCUAGCCGGCUAGCAUUAUUUUCAACAAUUUUGUUUAAACUUUAGGACUCUUAUUAAGCUUACAAAACAGGGCCCAACUAUUGCAAUUUAAUAAAUCUACUAAAAACAGGUUGAAAAAAGCUUUUUGGGCUAGCAAAAGGGCCAUAAAGCUUAAUUGGGCUCAGGGGCUCCAUUGUCAUUUCAGAAAGUUAAAGCGAUCACGUGAUAUCAAGCGCAGUGCGCCCGUUAGCGUCAUCUUCACUCUCAAGGCUAAGAUGAGCUGAAACAAUGUCCGAGAUCUUACAAAAAUGGAAACUUAAAAAAGAAAAAAAAAAGAAAGAAGAAGAAACCUACGGUUGUUCUGUUCCUUUCAAUUUCACCAAGCUUUCAUCUUUGCCUUCAAUUCUAUUUUCAAUUUUCGAUUGAAUCCCUUCACCAAACCUAACUCGUCGUAGCCCCCCCUCCCUAUCUUUUUUUAAUUACAGAAAGAAAAAAAAAUGAAAUUCGUUUGUUAAUCUAAAAGAUCUAAUAAUAAUCUUUAGAUGUGUCUGAAACCUUCGAUCGAAGAAGACAGAUGCUAGGAGCGAUCCACUUCGGAGUAUUAGCAGCGUGUUUCGUCCUCUUCGUCCCCAUGGCUAUGGCAGGCUGGCACCUCAGCAGGCACAAGAUGCUCUUCUUCAGCGGCGCUCUCUUCAUCUCCCUCGCCGUCUGCGUCCACCUCACCCCUUACUUCCCCUCCGUCUCCGACAUCGUCGCCUCCGUCUCCUCCGUCGUCGUCUACGAUCACCGCGUCUCCUGCAUCAACGAGGUGAACCAGAUCGUCUGGGACGUUAAGCCAAGACCUAGAAACAGCAACAACGGUUCUUCGAAGCUUGAUUACUUCGAGAAGAAUUGGGAUUGGGUGAGAUCGAGGAAAGUUCUGAGCUGCGAGUUUCAGAAGUUGGAUAAGCUCGAUGUCUCCGAGCUCUUGAACGGAUCUUGGAUAGUCAUCGCUGGGGACUCUCAGGCGAGGUUCGUGGCGUUGUCGUUAUUGGGCCUGGUGUUGGGCUCGGGGUCUGAAGCUAUGGGCUCGGUUAGAGAGGAGCUUUUCAAGAGGCAUAGUGAUUACAGUAUUAUGGUUAAAGAGAUUGGGAUGAAGGUGGAGUUUGUCUGGGCUCCUUACGAGAAAGAUCUUGAUGAUCUUGUCGUGUCGUACAAGAAGAAGAACAAGUAUCCCGACGUUGUGAUUAUGGGGAGUGGGUUAUGGCAUAUGCUCCACGUCAACAACGCGUCAGACUUUGGUUCUCAGCUUAAGGAGCUGAGGAGUCAUGUUGAGUUGUUAGUCCCCGUGAGGACCAAGGGGGAAGAAGGAGGAGGAGGAUCGGUUUCGGGGAGGUCUAUGCAUAUGUUUUGGAUAGGGAUGCCGGUUUUGAUCAACGGGAUGUUGAAUACUGAUGAGAAGAAGGAGAAGAUGAGUGAUACGGUGUGGCAUGAGUACGAUAGGUCGUUAGGGGAGAGUAAGAUCUUGCGGCAGAUGGGCGGGCCGCUUGUUUUGCUUGAUGUUCAGUCUUUUACUUGGAACUGUGGACCGCAGUGUACGCUCGAUGGGAUGCAUUAUGACUCUGCGGUGUAUGAUGCUGCGGUUCAUGUCAUGCUCAACGCCUUGCUUAUUGAAUCUCAUCAAACUUUAUGAGAGAUUGAUUACAGGUUUUUUUUUUCAUUUCUUUUUAUUUUUAUGUUUGGAGUUUUAUUUGUAGAGUUUUAAAGAGAAAUGGGAUGUUCAUAGGAGUUUUUUUUACAACACACGGUGAUCCUUUUGGUCUAAAUGAUCUAAGUGAACUUUACAUU